AUGAAGCCUAUACAAGUAGAAGUAGAAGACAAUAACUCAGAGGUUAUUAAAGACAACACACUUAAUGAAGAGGUUCUUGAAAUUAGUACAUGUAAUGAAGAUAACAACAAAACAACAACAUAUGACAAAGAGGUUUCUGAGACUAGUACAGGUAACAAAGACAACAUGGAAACAACAACUCAAGAUGAACCAGAACAAGAAUCUUAUGCAGCUAAUCCUGCUAACAAAGAAGAAAACCCAUACUUGCAAGAUGAUAUACCUACUAGUGACAGUGUGAGCUUACAAGAAAAUAAUUUAACACAAGAAGAUUAA